CAUCAGUUGAAACAGCAAAGUAUAACGAUGAUGAAGAAGUUUAGUCUGUGUUUGGUGGGUUUGUUUUCCUUGUGUAUCCUCAACUCUGCAAUGGCUGCGGACAAGUCGUAUGUUGUGUACCUGAGAAGGGAUUUGCUUGGCUCAUCGACAGAGGAGCUGGGUGGCGAUGAGAUGAGCCACACCUACCAUCACCUCCUGGCUUCUUGCAUGGAAAGCAAAGAGAAGGCUAGAGAAGCCAUCUUCUAUUCCUACUCCGGAAUCAUCAACGGAUUCGCAGCAACCCUCGAAGAUGAUGAAUUAGAACAACUCGAAAGACAUCCACAAGUGUUACAAGUGCUACCAAAUGAAGCAUACCAAAUCCAAACGACAAGGUCAUGGGCUUUCAUGGGGCUAGAAGACAGCAAAGGCGUCGUCCCACCCAACUCCCUCUGGAAAAAAACCGACUACGGCAAAGAUCGCAUCAUUGCAACCCUCGACACAGGUGUUUGGCCCGAGUCGCCAUUCUUCAACGACAAGGGAUACGGACCGAUUCCAUCCCGGUGGAACGGAACAUGCGACACCGCCGGCGGAUCAUUCAAGUGCAACAAGAAACUGAUCGGAGCCAGAGCUUUUAACAACGGCCAACCGGGGAGCUCGCCGCGGGACGUCAACGGCCACGGCACCCACACGCUCUCCACCGCCGGCGGCGCGUUCGUCCCCAAGGCCAACUUCCUCGGAUCGGCCAACGGGACAGCGAAAGGCGGCUCCCCGAAAGCCAGAGUGGCCGCCUACAAGGUCUGCAACGACAACGGCAACUGCUUCACCGCCGACAUCACGGCCGGGUUCGACGCCGCCAUCCACGACAAGGUCGACGUCAUCUCCGUCUCCUUAGGGUCGUUCAUACCGGGGGAUUAUUCGAGGGACGGCAUCGCCAUCGGGGCUUUUCACGCCGUCAGGAAGGGGAUUACCGUCGUUUGCUCCGCCGGGAACUCUGGGUUUGACGGUUCCGUGACGAAUGUGGCUCCGUGGAUCAUCACCGUCGCCGCCAGCACGCUCGACCGGCGGUUCCUCUCCGACGCCGUGAUUGGCAACGGGAAGCGAUACAAGGGGAUCAGCUUCAAGAGCAAUACCUUACCGUCCAAGAAAUUCUACCCUCUCGUCAAUUCCGUCAGCGUCAAAGCCCCCGGUGCCUCUAACCAAUCAGCGUUGUAUUGCUACCCUGGGAGCUUGGAUCCGGCCAAGGUGAAGGGAAAGAUAGUCCUCUGCCGCCGGAGCGGCGUAGAUGUUCAGAAAAGCUACGUGGUCUCACAGGCCGGAGGCGUAGGGGUAAUCCUCGCCAACACAUUCACUGCAGCCCUAGCUCCGCAAGCUCAUUUCAUCCCGACUUCAACCAUCUCUCAGCAAGAUGGAGAUGCCAUUGCCCGCUACAUUUCCAACACAUCGAAGCCAGUCGCUUACCUCAUCGGAUACACAGAGAUUGGGAAGGUUGAGGCUCCAGUCAUGGCAGGAUUUUCAUCUCGGGGGCCUAACCGGUUGACACCAGAGAUCUUGAAGCCAGAUAUCACAGCGCCCGGUGUGUACAUAAUGGCCGGAUGGACUCAAGCAAACGGGCCGACGGGUCAGUCUUACGACAGUCGUCGUCUCCCUUUCAACGUCAUAUCAGGAACAUCCAUGUCUUGUCCCCAUGUUAGUGGCAUUGCUGGCCUGCUCAAGACUCUUCACCCUAAAUGGAGCCCCGCAGCCAUAAAAUCAGCCAUCAUCACCACGGCCAAAGCAACAAACAACAAAGGCAAACCCAUCAACACAGAAGCUGGAGCCAAGGCCAUCCCUUUCAACUAUGGCGCGGGACACGUGGCUCCCAACCCGGCAGCAUCGCCGGGGCUGGUUUACGAGAUGAACACAACCGACUACGUGAACUUCCUCUGCUACAUUGGCUACACCAAGCAACAGAUCGCCGUCUUCUACCCGGAGCCGUACCAGUGUCCGCCGAAGACCAGCACCAGCUUGUCGAACCUCAACUACCCGUCCAUCUCCGUGCCUAACCUGUCGGGGAAAGUGAACGUGACGCGGACCGUGAAGAAUGUGGGGACGCCGGGGGUGUACCGGGUUCGUGUCGGUGCGCCGGCUGGAAUCACCGUCGGGGUGAGUCCCAGAGUGUUGAGGUUCAGUAGGGUGAAUCAGUCGAAGAAGUACACGGUGAGUUUGGAGGCAAUGAACAACGUCGGAACCGGUUAUCUGUUUGGUAACAUCACGUGGUCGGACGGGAAGCAUGUCGUAAGGAGUCCCCUCGUUGUGAGGAAGACAGGGAACGCCGUUGAUUCGAUGUGAUCAUGAUCAUCGGUUGACCGUUGGAUCGAUAUACCUUUUAUAUGCACUAUUAUAUAUUAAGUUAAACUUUUCGACUUGUUAAUUUGGAUAUUUAUCGAGGAAGUGAUUAUUACAUGUUUGAAUUCCAUGCGUUAAACCAUCAUAUAGGUAAGAUGGUUUUGCACUUGAAAUAUAGCUGGUAUACAUUAAUUAUGACUAGCUAGGGAAAUCUUUAGAAUACAGCAAAGUCAGAUUUCCAAUAUCAAUGCCAAGCAAUAAAGACAAGGUGAUGAUCCUCCAUCAUUAUCAUCAUGUAAUUACCUUUGCUAAACAUCUAUUUGAUUAAUCCAAGAGUGAAAGACCAAAGUAAAGGAAACAUUUGAUAGUCUCCUUUUUAAUUCCAUGGCAGAUGACUUUCCACGAGCAAAUUAGAUGGAACAUAGAUCUUGAGAUUCUGCUUCUACACAAGUACCAAUCAUGCAAAUUGCAAUGACCCUCUCCCAUGGUGCCACCAAUAACAAUGCUACUGUACUAGCUAGAUGCUUUUCAAAUUGUAACAUUAUCAAGAUUCACGGUGAAAAUUAUGAUUGAGACUGUAUAUUAAAGAACAAGAAACGUUUCAACAAGUUUUCAUUUCUAUAUUGAUGAUAGGUUGAUCAUGAUUUCCUAAUUUCCCGUUCUUUAAUUUGUUGAGCCGGCCACUAGUACAAUAUAGAAUUUCAAACUUUUAUAGUUUCGCUAAUUUAACCUAGCGAGGAAUGCAAAGGUUAAUGAAAUAUAUAUAUUCAUUCAUGUCCAAACCCUGGACCGCAUUUAAAAAGCAGUGGAGAGGUCUGGAUCGUAACCCUAUAAACAUUGAAAUAUAUACUCAAAAUAGAAAAUUUACAAGUACUAUACGAGUUUUGGAUCUAUGGAGGCAUGGGUCGUGGCCCGGGCGGCCCCCUAGAUCCGCCGCUGAUUCUAAUAACAUACUUAAAUUUCUGAUACAUAUUUAAUCUAACAGGUACCCAUUUAUAGACGGUUAACUACACCUCAUCUGUUAAUUAAGUAGCUAAAUUAACGAUCGAUGGACGACAUGCACGAAUAGGGACACGCAACAGGGCAGCCUGGGAAAGUUAUACGAUUCACUUGGUUGCGAAAAGCAACAGAGACAGAGAGCACUAUACUUUGAGGAACACGUGUCUUUGUUAAUAUGGAAGAGGGGAUUGAUUGAUUGAUUGAUUAAUGCCAAAUCGAAACGCCAUGCACAUGUAAUUGUUUUGGAGCUUAGCUUCAGCAGCCAGCCUUAUUUCCAGGAAGAGGCAGCAGCAUAUCAUGAUAAGAAAGAAAGAAGGAACAGAGCUAGCCUGCACACAUAUGGCCAAGAUGCAUUCAUGGCGGCCUCAUUGGCCUUUUUCUCUCAUCUCAUAUUGGAACUUGGAAGUUGGAAGUAGUGUGAGAGAGAGAGUCGUCGGCAGGGACAGCCAAGAGGUUGUGUUGGCACUUGGCAGACCUCAAUAGUCAAAGCUUUCGUGUUAGUUAAUCUGAUCAUAUAUUCUAGGUUGUAUUUGUAGUGUACCAGGAUAAUUGAUAUUAGAUAUUGAUCAAUACUCUCACGUAUAUAAUAGAUACGUAUAAUAACUGUUAAAGUAUUGU